AUGACGUCCUUACCAGAUAUUUGCGGGCUCGUUUCCCAGAUGCAAGAGAUUCUAACCCAGAUACAUUCUACAAUUACUUCUCUCGAUACUGCUUUCCACGAUGCAAAGCUUGAUGAACUGGAAAAGCAGCGAGGUGAUGCCCUCCAGCAGCUGUCAGCUGCAUUCAACGCGGAAACACAGGCUUUGCAGAUGAAACGUCGAGCAGAGCGCGAGGCGGUUGCAGAGCGUCGUAUUCUGGAAGACGAGGAGCGUGAGCGCAAACGCAAGGAAGAGGAUCAACAGCUUGCUUUGCGAGACCUCGAAGAGGACGAUGCUAGAGAGGCAAAGCUUAAGUCUGAAGCUCAGCGAAUCGAACAAGAAACGGGCGAAUUGAUGAUGAGAGUUGAGGAAGAGGCUCGUGCAGCAGUUACAGAAGGUCGUCAGAGGUUGGAAGCUUUGCAAGAAAAGAGAAGAGAACUGAAUCGUCUCAUUGAGGAACAUCUAGAAAAGUCAUUGCCUACGCUACCGAUUACUCCUCUCCGCUCAAGGAGGGCCUUGCAAACUGACACGGCAUCCCUCCUACGUUUCAGACAACCGGACUCGGUGAAGCCCGAUGGGGUUACUGGGGCUUCUCAAUACUCUCAUAUCCGUCCCGACGGCAAGAGAGCUUCCAGUCCGAGUCAACCUGGUCUGUGGAAACCGUCGCGGCUUUCUUCAUCCUUUGGACCGACCGGCUCUCAUAAUGACAGCAUCCCAAAGGGGAUGUGGACUUCGAAGCAAUCCUCGUUCACUGGAAAUAAACUUUCCGAGCAGGAGUCGGAUUACCGGCCAUCAAUAGAUUCUGCAGGGACAACCGGCAUCCCACAAUCAGAAGAGCCUUCACCAUCAAUUGAAUCCCCUGCUUCCAAGGAAGCUGUGAUACUUGAUAUGCAUCGCUUCCACGAGGAAAGCAAGAAUUCGGAGCCGCCAGCUGGCAACAGCCGGAAAACCUCGGACUUUUUUACGCCACAAGCGGCAAUUCGCAGUGAGACUUCUAGAGAAACAAUACUUGCCGAUGUUACUUUGGGUUCUGAUUCAUCCACAACCUCGGGACAAGUGCCAUCGGAUAGUGAUAGGAGCCUUCAAGGUAUUGAUCUGGUCCCGAACCAAUCAGCGACCAGGAUAAGCCUAGAGUAUGGGGACACCAUACCUGAGAUAACCAAUGGCCACAGUCUUCCAGUUUCCAGAUUAAAGGGGGAGCACGGAUUUUUCGCCGUUAAUCAGGAGGACAUCAGCUCUUCCUCCUGGCAUGUGAGCACAGAAGUUGUAUCGGAGCCUGAAAUAACGGAUGCCUCUACCAAGGCCAAAGAAGGUUCACCAGAGCCGGCUUCUCAACAAAUCGAAACCUCCAGCGAAGGAUUGUAUGAAUCAGUGACCUCUCCUGCACCCCCAGAUGAUGAGAGAAGUGAAUCUCGAGCUCAUCUUACCUCUGACGGGCCAAAUGACAAUAACGGACACCAUGACGAGCCUGUUCCCUAUGAUGAAAUCGCUCCUAGCAACCAGGUUCUUUCACAGUCUCUUAGGGACGCGAAUUCUGCAGCCUAUUAUACUCCAGGGGAUUUUCCAUUACCCUCAACGAAUUGCUCCAAAGACAUAGAUGGUCAGAUGAGUCAGGAUCAUCGUGCGGAUAAAGAUUACACCGGGGAAGAGGACGUAAAACUGGCGGUGAAUGAGGGGCUUGACCGCGUGUUAGCAGGCUCUGAAGCAGGCCCGUCAAUUCUAGCUGAGUCAAGCCUCCAUUUGCCACAGGUUUCUGGUGAAAUUGCGCUUCAGCUUUCGCCUAAAGAGACUAGGAGUAAUGAACUGGAUGUGGUGAACGAAAAUGACAAUCCUGAGCUCCCUGCAGAAUGGAAGGAAGAUUCUGGCGCGAGAAACUUGUCACCAGGAGUUGACAUCCACAUGCUCGGAAAAGAAACCCAGAACCGUUCCGCGGGAAAGAGUGUAGUGGCUGUCGAAUCGGAUAAUUUGUCACCGAGAACCGGCGAUGUUGACCCCACCACAAACCCUGACGACGCGGAGAAUAGAGUAGAGAGUCUUAUCACAAUGUUGGAAACACUUCGCAAGUUUCGGGAACCUUCUAUCAACCGGCAAUUGAUGAACUCCGAGGCUCCUGCUGGUGACGAUGAGCAGUCCCACAGAACGGAUAAACUGGAAGGUCCAGACCCUCUUCCAGAACCUCACACAGAACCAAGUCUGAACCCCAGGAGUAAAAAUGAAGGAAAGCGCAAGUCCCAAGACUCAGAAUACGAUCCAUUCCGGCCAGAAAGGUACCGGAUGCCAAGGUUUGCUAGGUCAGGAAGCAGCAGUGAUAACGAUUCCCAACGAUUCGUUACACCCCUUACAUCUCAGACAUUUCCGAGAAAGCCACAGGCUGGACCAUCAAACUACUUUGUCACAACCCACUCAGAAGAGCCUCAGGCUGAGCAAGCUACCUCUGAGAUCGAUGAAUUGAGGGAUCAGCACACUGUUACAAAUCAUGGAGAAGAUUUUCUGUUCGACGACGAUGAGAGGAGUGAAGAUAAUGCUUCUCCGCAAUCUCGUAUAGACAUAGAUCCUUCUGAUCCUUCUGCUCAGAAACCCACAUCCAGCGAUCGUCUCCAAAAAACUCAAGGAAUUGACGAUGCCUAUCUGGAGUCUCCAGAGAGUUCUGCUAAUGCUAUGAGUGAAAAUGGCUGGGAAGAAGAGGUUACUAACUAUUAUGGCGAAGAUGCGAAGGAAGUGAGGAGCCCACCAGUGCAACAAAAUACCGGCCACCACGAACAAUCCGGCCUCGAACAACCUUGUCAACAACAGACCGCAAACCCCGGCAGAACUCUCGAGGCACCCAGGAAACCAAGACAUCGUCACCUCCUUCUCAAGUCCAUGUCACCUUUCAUAACGAAAGGGCUGAGCUUCACCAUCAGAGAGGUGGCUCUUUGA